UCCAAUAAGGCAGGCGGCGGUUCUGUUUCCGUGUUGAGGCGCAGCAGGACUCAGGGACAUGACCAGGCCGGGAACCUGCCGUUACCCUUAGCGUCACCUCAGCCGCCGGCGAGAGAGAGAAGAUGGCGUCCAUGUUGCUGAGGAGCUGCAGCCAGCGGGUCUGCUGCCUCCCCAGGCCGCUGCGCCGGGAGCCCAAGUGGGGUAACUUGGGAGACCGUACUUGUCUCAGUUGUGUGUCUCUGAGGUUGAUUAACCAUACGAAUGUACACUUCAAAUAUUGCACUAGUGUCCACCCUGUUUACAUGUACUCCAAGAAAGAUCAGUACAGUUGUUGGACUAAAGGACCUGAACAAAUGUACUUUAAAGUUGUGAGCUCUCCUGGCUCAUGGACUCCGCUUGCAAGUUUGGGCAUUUUGGGGCCCCAGUACCUUCCAGUACGAUGGUGGCAUUCUUCACAUCCCUGUAAUGAUGACUCCAUGGUGGAAAAGUCACUGAAGUCUUUAAAGGAUAAAACCAAGAAGAUGGAAGAAGGAGGCCCUGUAUAUAGUCCAACAGUAGAGGUUAAAACAUCUCUUGGACAGAAGAUUGUGGAUGAGGUGAAGCACUAUUAUCAUGGCUUUCGAUUGUUAUGGAUUGACACAAAAAUUGCUGCAAGAAUGCUUUGGCGAGUACUUCAUGGCAACGUUUUGUCUCGCCGGGAACGGAGACAGUUCCUUCGGAUAUGUGCUGAUCUCUUUCGCCUGGUUCCUUUUCUAGUCUUCGUUGUUGUUCCAUUCAUGGAGUUUCUGCUUCCAGUAGCCCUUAAGCUGUUCCCUGGCAUGCUUCCUUCAACGUUUGAGACAAAAUCCAAGAAGGAGGAGAGAUUGAAGAAAGAAUUGAGAGUGAAACUUGAAGUGGCAAAAUUUCUUCAAGACACUAUUGAGGAGAUAGCCUUAAAAAAUAAAGCAGCCAAAGGAAAUGUUACUAAAGAUUUUUCUACCUUCUUUCAAAAGAUCCGAGAGACUGGUGAAAGACCUAGUAAUGAGGAGAUCUUACGGUUCUCUAAACUGUUUGAAGAUGAGCUUACACUGGACAAUCUUACUAGGCCUCAGCUGGUGGCUCUCUGUAAACUGUUGGAACUUCAGUCAAUCGGGACAAAUAACUUUCUGCGCUUCCAGCUGAUCAUGAGGUUGAGGUCCAUGAAAGCAGAUGACAAACUGAUUGCGGAGGAAGGAGUUGACAGUCUGACUGUUAAAGAACUGCAGGCGGCAUGUAGAGCAAGAGGUAUGAGAGCUCUUGGCGUAACAGAAGAACGACUAAAGGAACAACUUAAACAGUGGCUAGAGCUGCACCUGGACCAACAAAUCCCCACUUCAUUGCUUAUUUUAUCCAGAGCUAUGUAUCUUCCGGAGACACUUUCACCAGCUGAUCAGCUCAAAACAACACUCCAGACCCUACCAGAGAGUGUGGCCAAAGAGGCUCAAGUCAAAGCAGCAGAAGUCGAGGGUGAAAAAGUAGAUAAUAAAGCUAAGCUGGAAGCAACCCUUCAGGAAGAAGAAGCCAUUAGAAAAGAAAAUCAAGAAAAAGAGAUGGAAAGAAUGUCUGAAGCUGCUGAGAAAGCCAAAGAAAUCCUUCAGGUUGCAGCAAGGAAAGAGAUGGAGUCUGCAGUGGAUCUUGAAGCAGCUGCUGUACAUGUGAAGAAAAGCCAGAUAGCUGUGGAUACUGAACAUGAACUGGCUAGUGUGGAUUUGACUCUGCAUUCAGAGACCUUGAAAGAUACAGCACCAGUGUUAGAAGGCAUUAAGGGUGAGGAAAUAACCAAGGAGGAGAUUGACAUGCUGAGUGAUGCUUGCACCAAACUGAAGGAAAAGAAGAAAUCGUUAACAAAAGAAAAGGAGGAGCUUGAGGAGCUAAAGGAUGAUGUUCAGGAAUAUAGUGAGGAUUUGCAAGAGAUAAAGGAGCUAUCUAAAACAGGACAAGAGGAUGUAGUGGAAGAGUCUAAAGCAAGCAAGCGGUUAACCAAAAGGGUGAACCGAAUGAUUGGACAAAUUGGCAAAAUUAUUAAUGAAUUGGAGACCGACCAAAAGGUGGUGGAUGGACAGUUGGACAGAGGUGCUAGUCCACCUAUUGGAUUGUGUUUCCCCUUUAGGGAGAAUCUCAUCAGUAUCAACGAGCUUAUUAGUGUGAUGAAACAAAUCCAGAAGUUUCCAGAGAACAAACUGAAUAGGAUUGCUGAGGCAUUAGAUGAAAACCAGGAUGGCAAGAUUGAUAUAGAUGAUGUUGCCAAGGUGGUAGAAUUAAUUGACAAAGAAGACAUUGAUAUCUCAACAAGUCAGGUUGCUGAGAUUAUAGCACUGCUUCAAAAAGAAGAGAAACUGGAAGAAAAGGAGAAGGUGAAAGAAAAGGUUGAGAAAGAAGCUGUGGAAGUAAAGAAUUAAACUUCAGAAUCUGAAGUAAAGUCCAGUUUAACCAAUACAGUUUAUCUUCCUGUGUACUAAAGUGUGUGUGUGUGUGUGUGUGUGCGCGCGCGCACACAUCUCAGUUGAGCUUGUGAUGAAAAAUGUUAACGCUUUGUCUGCUGAAUGAGUUUGCUAGUAGCAAAUCAAAGAUAUGUUUUGUGAAAUAUGGAAUCAAAUAAUUUCUAUUAUCUAGCAAGUGAUUUUUACCAUCAUUCAUGAAGAUGAAAACAAUAUGAUUCUUUAAGAGCGUGUUCUUUGCUGUGGAAUCACGUAUUUGCAGUCAUCACUGUGGUGUAGAGAAUCACUAAACUUGCUAGUUUCCAAAACAUUCGUAUAAAUAGUGUAUCUAUCAUGGAAUAAUGUGUGUGAAUGUCAUUUAUUUCCUUGCAUCAUGUAAACAUCUGAUCAGCAACCGUUAAACAAGGUCCAACAUUAUUGUUCUGCUUUCUCCUUGUGCUUUUUGCAUAGUUUGAUAUCAAUUUUUCCUUUCAUCAAAAUAUUUCAUUUUCCCUUGACACACUACUGAAGGGGCUGUGGUAUCAAUAGUAAGUGUUUAGAUUAUUUAAUUUUUCUGAGCUUCAUAUCUGCUAAAAUGUUGCUUUGCUAAUACAGAAUGUGGCAUACUCUGAUCUCGUGUGUUAAGUCAACUGUUUUAUCUGUCACUUUUUUAUGAAGGGAAGAUUCAGUGGAACUGAAACCUCCAAUGAAGAAUGAUUUUUAUGGGUGCCUUAAGCUUAUUGUGAUUUAAAAGUGGGAGUGGUUACUUCUAAGACAAUUCUCAUAAUUCCAUAUGAAUUAUUAAAGCAGUGGGGAAAUAGGAACCUUUAACAUACUUUCAAAAUGUGUUCUGACACACAAAUGGGAGAGUGCAUAUUUAAAUAGCUAAAGUAAUUAGAAGGGAAAAAUGUCAUGGUGAUAUUUUACAUAUAUUUUUAAAACUUGCUGUUAUUAAAAAAAAAAAAAAAAAAAAAGUUCGUUCUUAUCUACAUGAAUCCUGUAUACAACAUAACAGGCAUUUUUACCUCUUGAUUUUUCAUCUCGGGUAGGAAAUCACUAACCAUGUGACAGUCAGAAAACAUUACGUAAAUCUGUUCAUCUCAUGGCCUUGCUUACUGCAGUGUUACCAAAUAUCUGAUAUAAACAAUGUUUUGAGUACACGGUUUGCUUUCUGGUUAACUGGUUCUUUUAUUCAGUUUCUUCUCUAAUUAAGUAAUUAAAUAUUAGUAAUUAAUGGAUCUGGAUUUACUACGCCAUGUCUUUAUGUUUUAAAUCUUCAGUUUAAAAAAAAAAAAACUGACAAUUUUAGUAUAUUUAUUUUCUAAGCAAUCUAAGUUUCCCCAUGUUUCUUAAAUUUCAGAUUUCAUUUGCCAAGUACUAAUAUUAUGACUCACCAGUGUUUUCAUUUUGCACCCAGUAGUUCAUAGUCUCAAAUGUUUGUAAUUAUCAGAUUAAUGCAUGUUAAACAUGCAGCUGUAGAAUGCUGUACAUGGAAGAGAAUGGAGUCUAUAUCUUUUUUGCUAUAGUAAAAAUUACGUACGGUCUCAAAAGUUUUGCCUCCCAAACACAUUUCAGUGUAAUUCUUUGUUUUUUGUGUUUAAAUCUGAAUUAGAAUGACAAAAAUGUUUAUAGAGACAUGGGACUGAUAUGGCUACAAUUACACUGUAAACCAAAAUGUUUAUAGAAACUCCUUCAAGUUAGUGGAACAAAAUAUAGUUUGGGCAUUCUCAUGGCUUGCAUGGUGGACCAUUAUAUUUAUUGAAUUGCUUCUUGUACAUUUUGCUGUGGUAAUGUACAGUUUGUUAGCUAAUUUUAGAAGCAGAGUAAAAAUGUUUAGUUCACAACUGUAGAACAUUUUUCAGUUUGUAAACUAUACAGUUUGUAAAGAAAGAUGCUUACAAUGGGUAAUGUGACUGAUCCUCCUGAGAAGCACUAUAAUUGCAUCUUACUGAGUAAACUGUAUUCCACCUGUGGACAGGUUGAAAUUACAAAGUAAUAUGAUCUUUGCGAUUCUUUUACUGUAUUUUUUUAAAUGGAUGGGCAUGUCUGCUUUCCUGAAAGUAGGGGUAAGGUAUAGAUUCCAGCAUGAAGUCCGUUUCAAGAUGUGUAUUUAUAACUUGACUAUAACCUUUAAGGCUAAAACUUGCCCAGUAUUCCAUACCGUGGGCUGUACUUAUCAAGGCAUUGAGGCACAUUGUCCCUGCUAUGUUUGGUUGUGCCUUUUGUUCGUUUGAAAUAUUAGGUAGCGUGAACGAGAAAGGAGAUCUAAAGUAGGUGAUGAACGUUUUUAAACAACAUCCUUAUUAAAUUCAUUCUGAUACAUUUAUGGCUAAAAGUUUUUGCUCUUGGACUCACCUGAAAAAUGAUAUAUUGAGAUACUUGAAUCAGUUAAUUUAAAAGCAUUGCUUUCAAUAACCAGUGUUAGUUUCCCUGUCAUCUAAAGAGAUUUAAAUAAAUCAUGUAUAAAUCAGCAAUAGCUAAAUGUGUUAAUUUAUUUUGAAAAAUAUUACAAAUCCAAGAUAUGUGGCCUAUAAUUCAUAAUUGCGAGCGUUAUCUGCCAUUUUAUAUAGUAAGUGGGCAAACCCAUGACUAGCUAGACUUAUGGUGUGCUCUGCGGGUCUCAAAAAUAUUUGGCAGGCUUCCGUUAACCACCAAGGGCCCCAAAUCCAAAACCCUUCCUUGAGUAGUUUUAUGGAAGUCUUUAAAACUACACAGGUUAAUGGGCGUGGGGGUUUGGCAGGAUUGGGCUUCAAAUCAAGAGCUUUACUGCUUUUUAUCUAGACCAAAAGUUAAAAUACUUCAGGAGGGAUUGAUGGUUUUCAGAUGUACAGUAGCUGGUCAUAGAAUUUACUCCUCUAUGAACUAUUUAAUCAGUAGGUCUAAAUAUUUCGUUUAAAUUUAUUGAAAGGUUGUAUGAUAUUUGAAUGAGCUUGAGUUACACAAGCUGAUUCUUCAAAAUUAGUUAGGCAAGCAAUAACAUCAUUGUUAUCGCAGUGUUUCAAAUUCAGGUAAAGAUCUGAUAUGUAAUUUUUCCCCUAAAUUGUUUAUGAAUCUUUAUUACUUAUGGCUUACCAAAAAAUUCCAGUUUGACAACAGAGUUACUGAAAUAGAGCAAAGUAGUGUGUCCUUUACCUUUUGCCUAUGACAUAAUUAGGUACUUUUGUAACUUAGUCAUAUUUAAUCAAUUAAACAGUUCUUUCCAGCUCAUGUUUUUUUCAAAUGCCCACUUUCAUUCAGCUCUUCAUCAGCAAACACAUGCUGUUGUUUGUGCUGUAUAAAUAAAUCUGUCUGCCAGCUAGGUACCAGAAGGUUAAUUUUAUGGAGCACUUGUCAUCUUUAAAAGAUACUAAUAUUAACUGUUUUUCUGUUUGAGUGCCACAUGCAACUUUUAGUGAAGGUAAUGGGAAUUUUUCCAUUGAGUUCAGCAGGAAUUGGAUCAGACCUGAAAAAGGCAGUUUUUCUUUUUUUACCUCAUUUGUUUUGAUGUGUACAUUACACCCUACCAAAAAGCAUUAAAGAAAUUCAUAAAGCUAUAAACUUGAACUAAUAUUUUAAAAAAGGCUUUGAAAUAAUUUUAAAAAGCAAGAUCUUAAAUGCUAACAGAAUACAUGAAUAACCUUCAUUUACAGACCAGUGGUCUGAAAGCUUUUUGUUUCCCAAGAGCUGAGUUUUUGAGAUUCGUUGUUUUUCUUGUAAGAAUAGAUGACAUCACUAAUUCCUGAAGUGUGCAGGGAGCUGCAUUCAUGUAGGAGAAACACAGAACAUUAAACUUGGGUCUUGGCAUAUAAAUGCUUUUCAAAUAUCUUUGCUUAGAAUGUAUAGCUAGGGCCUCCGAUCCUGCAAAGAGAAAUGUGUGGGCAGACCCAUGCCUCAGUACAGAGCUGUGUUGAUUUCAUUGGGGCUGUAUGCAGGCAUGGAUCUCUUUUGCCUUAAAUGGUAGGCUUUGUGAAAGGGACUGGCUCUUCUGAUUUGUGCAGUUUGGAAUACUGCAUGUAAUUUAUAUAUAUCUUAAACAUACGUGCUGCUAGUGACUUAAGCGUUUAGAUAUUUUAGUAUGUAUUUUUAAAGCAUUUGUUUACUUUGAACUCGAGAUUUAUUUCAAAUUAUUCCGUAUAUUUUUAAUUUGAAAGAAAUCCCAUAUUUAAUUCUACUUUUUGAGAUUUGUUGCAGUUUAAGGAGUUCAGCCCAUGUUAUAACACUGUCUAAAAGGUCACUUGCUAUCUGUGCUCUAAACUUGCCACAGUACAAUAUAAAGUUUUUUGGGGGAAGUUUAUUAAAAUGUGUAAUGUCUUCAGUUUUAAUAAACUUGUAAUAUUUUUACACCA